GAUCUCUGUUUUUGUUAUGCUUCACGAGCUUGGGCUUGUCUGCUUGAUGCUUGUUGCAGCUGUUGUGCUUGGGACUAUCUGCUUCAUGCCGUUUGCUGUUGGUUUUUGUUCGCUGGACGAGCUUGGGCUGCUGGGUCCAGUUUGGGCUGCUGGUUUUGUUUGCAAAUGGCAUAGUCUGUGCUGA